CCCAGUUCCAAUGCGAUGUAUUCACCAGCAGGAGUAAUGAAACGGGGAGAGGGGGCAUUUUCCGCAGCUUAUUGGUGAGACCGCAAAAGACUAGCGCGCAGAGAGGACAGACACAAACUUUCGGACAGAGGACCAAAACGUCAAUUAUCUGUCUUUUUUUCUGGACGCGUCUGUAGCCUUUUAUUAAUUAUUAUUCCUGUUGUUUAUCCAGCAGCCUGAAACGUUACUUUGUCGCAGUUCGUUGGAAGUGAUUUACUGGGCAAUGGUGAAGGAGGACACAUUUUGCGGAAUCGACGCCUUUACCUGUGUUUAUUCCCUAAACUUCAGUCCAGUGAGGGGACACUGACUUGAAUCCUGUGUGCGGCAUAAAGUGAAGUAGCCAGAGGGGCUUCAGCUGCCCUGCACCACUGGAGCCUUCAAUAAUGUCGGGGCCAACACACCGCAACCGGCCCCCUCGCUUCUGACCCAACAUGGAACUCAAGGUCUGGGUGGAUGGAGUCCAGAGGGUCGUCUGUGGGGUCACUGAGGCAACCACCUGCCAGGAAGUUGUGAUAGCUCUGGCACAGGCUAUAGGUCGUACUGGGAGAUACACUCUGGUAGAAAAAUGGCGGGACACAGAGCGUCACCUGGCCCCUCAUGAGAGCCCUGUGGCUUCUCUGAACACCUGGGGCCAGUAUGCUGGUGACGUCCAGCUGAUCCUGCAUCGCACCGGCCCCUCCCUGACUGAACGACCACCCUCAGAAGGACCCCCUCUCAGGGGGCCUGAACGUGGACUGCAUCGACAGAGCCUCCCGCCCCUUGCAAAGCUUCGUCAUCCCAACGAUCGCUCCCUCCGCCGUCGUGAACCGCGCCGCAAGUCUCUCACGUUCACCGGUGCACCCAGAGGCCUUAGGGAGAUACUGAGCGGAGGACGAAUUGGCGAGGCUGAGGCCAAACGAAGACUCCUCCUGGGAAACGGUGGAAAUCACCACCAUGCAGGACCAGCCAUUGGGACUGCGUCGCCUGGCAUCUGGGCCUGUCGCAUGGAAGAUUUGGUCAGAUUGGUCGGUCUGCAGAGAGAGACCCUCAAUGUGCUGGAGAAAAAGCUGGAGGCCUAUGAGGCUGAGCUGCAGGUCUGGGCUGAAGGGCGAGGGGGGCGAGGUGGAGGGUUCAUUGGGGACCCAGGUGGAGGAGGAGGGCUGAUAGAGGAGAUCCUGAGGCUGGAGAAGCAUCUGAGGAAGAAUGAGGUGGAGAUGGAGGAGGAGGAGUUUUGGGCCACUGAGCUGCAGAUUGAGAUAGAGAGUGAGAGACAGCUGGAGGAAAGACUGCAGGAGCUACGAGGACGCCUGCAAGGCUGUGAACUGGACAUAGAAGAAAAGCUGGCAAUGGUACAGAGUGUAGAGGCAGGCCUGGAAGAGGAGCGGCUGCAGAGGGAGCGGCAGGAGACCCAGUGGGUCACUGAGGCAGAGGCUCGGGCUCAGGUCCUCAGGGUCAAAGCAGAACUGAAAGCCCAGGAGAGACAGGCUGUCCAGCUGGAGAGCAGUUGCAGAGCGGUGGACAGGUCACUUGGACAAAGCAGCAAGAAGCUGCAGGACAUGCAGCAUGAGCUGGAGCAGCUGACCAAGGAGCUGAGGCAGGUUAACCUGCAGCAGUUCAUCAAGCAGACCGGCACCAAGGUCACAGUACUGCCGGCUGAACCCACUGAGGAUGAAAGUACUCACAACAGUCCCGGUAUAGAUUUAGUUCCCCUGUCUGGCUCCCUGAAGCGUCCCGUGUCGUCGCACUCGUCCACUCACCUCCGGGUCCUCCAAAACCCUCUCAGUUCUGGCCUAAACCCAGAGGGAAUCUAUGUGUGAGACAAUUCUGCUUAGAGGGAACACGUUAUGUCUCCCUUCCAGAGCCCAUUUCACCCAUGAACACAUUUGUAAGUGGAUAUCUUUGUACAGGAUACCUCAGUAGCACACUACUAUGCACUGUUGUCUCAAUAAGAUGAAGGCAACCUUGAGUGUGACAACUCAAACAGAAGGAAUGGUGAUGAUCUUUAAAUGGAAGUCAUGGAGCACUUCAUGGAUGAAAGAUGGUUAUAAGCGAUGGCCUGAAGAAAAAACCCACGGCAGCAGCACCAUGCGUCAUGGUGCACAGUCUCAUAUUAGGACUUUCUAAACAUCAAGCUGUUGUGGACUUCUUUUAUAAACAUAUCCACUUAAUGUACUUUUACUCUCACUUUAUUACCUGCUGAAUGAUUUAUAUUGUUUCUCACUAGCAUUAUGAUUCAAAACUAUGGCCUUUUGAACAGUAUUCUUGAGAAUCUUAGUAUGUGAAUCUACGAACUAUAUCUCUAAACUCGUAUGUAAUUUCUGCAAUGAAUACAUUUUACCCAGCAUAAUGACUGGUUCUUAUAUAAUUAAUGAAGGAUCCACUUGUGUCUAUAGUCAAACUGUCUAGAAUCUAUCAUGUUGCAUAUCAGAAUUUAUUCCUGUAGCUCUGACUCUCUGUUCAUGUUAAAACUAUGCACAAAUGGUUAAUAGUUUUGUUACUGAAGAAUGUUACUGUCUGUACGUACCAAAAUGAUGGCUUAUUGUAAAUAUGUUUUCUUACUUUACAGCUUUAUUUAGUGAAUUAUUAUAUUUUAUUACAAAGCUGUGCAUUCACAGUUACACAAUGGAGUGCCCUCAUUCCCGCAGUAAUGUCUGCAUAAUGAAACAGUGUUACUAUCCUCUUAAGCUGAUUUUUCUUUUGUAUUCUUUUUUUUAUGUUAAGAUGACAGUAUAUUUUUGCCAAAUGUAUUAUGCUUGUUUUCUGUAAGGAUCGGUGGCCAAAGAUUAGCAGGUCUUUUUGCAUGAUUGUGUCGUUGAUAUAGCCAUAUCUGGAUGUGAAGAGCACCCACAGUAUAGUAAAUCACUUAGUUGAGUCUAAAAAUGGUGGCAUGUAAUAAUACAAUGGAUAGCUACAGCUAAAGUGCGUGAGUCAGUGAUUAAAGAGAAGUGUGUGUGUGUGUGUGUGUGCAGAGUCAGAAGCCCUCAUAGGUUGUAGUUCAGCUGCUAAUCACAUCAAAGUGCCUUAUAUUCAUUCCACAGUUGGUGUAUAUAAAAUAAUUUACAGUGAAGCUGUAGUAGAGACAUCAAAGCAAUGAUCAAAUGUCGCUAGAUGUAUUAGUGCCACAUUUCUGCACAGAGAGAAAUGCCAAUAGUGCAGCAACAAAGAGGAAACUAUAAUUAUGUUUUAUCUGUCGGUAUUUUGCUGAAAUGUCAGUGGAAAGAACAUUAUUGAUAGUAUUUUCCACUUUGCUACUGUAUUAUUGUUGCCAUAAUAAUAUGAGCUGUACAAUGCAUUGACAUGUAAUCUGAUUUAUUUCAUCAUGCAACACAUACCAUAGUCACCAGUUUAUAUCAGUACUGUCAUGCCAGAAUAAAUAGUUGAUGUAAUACAGAAGGAAAGUCCACCCUGUAUGAUACAGUAUCUACAAAAACACAACAAAACACAUCAGCGCUACAGUGUGUGUCUCUCUGCUUGCCAGUUAAAGGAGAGACCUGUUAAAAAACUCUUAGGGUUUCAGGUCAUCGAUGAUAGUCUAUAUAUUGGGGUGGAUUUUCCCUUUAAGAAACCACUUUGCAUUUUCCACCCUGGGAUGAGAUGUAGCUGUGGUCACUGUUUACAACCAUAUAUGUUCUAGAGAACUGUAAGAUGUCGACUGUACAUAACCUGUUUUUAUUUUUAUUUUUAUGCCUUAAUAUACUGCAAAGUGUUGACAGACGUAUGGCUGUAACUGGCUGCUGAUAUGACAUGGAUUGCAUGAUUCAAUAAACCAUCAGACAAAAUUUGAUGUGUCACAACUGGUGAUCCUGGUAACUGUUUGUAACUGUUGGCCUGUGGGUGUAAACAAGAGGGAGAUUGUACUGUAUUGUACAGUAUGUGUUGUAAAUGUUUUCACCAGUAGAUGGAGACCUUUACUUACUAAUGGUAGAAAGAUGGACAAAACAUGGCUGGGAGCGAAUAAAGGAAAAAACACUUUUUUUCCCACAGAAGAAGGAAAUGAAGAAACGUUAGCUAUUAAUGGCUAAUGUUAUUUGCCUUUAUAGGAGGUUUAUUAGAGGAUGGUAUUUGGUAAAAUAAAGGAAACGUUUUUUUUCUCAA